AUUUGGGACCUGCGAGUACCUCAGUUCACCUUGCAGAACCCAUCUGCUCUGCCCAAGUUUUACAAACAUUCGAAUCCAUGGAUGAAGGCUUUCUUAAUUGUCAACAUGGCACACGAUGGAAUCUUGUGCAUCAUUCUCUUUGUUCUCUUGCAUCGAACAAGGAGCCGAUUGUUUCAUCUUGGGCAGAAUCUCUUCCCGAAACUCAUGGCAAUCAUCUUCGAGUGCAUGCUGCCACCCAUGAUCGUCACCGCCACAAUCUUGGCUGGAUCAUAUAUUGACAAUAACGAUGGAUACGGCUGGGUGACGAUCUUCUACGCUGUGAUUGGCCCGCUUUACUUCCACUCCGUCAUCAUCAGUCUGGUCUCGCGUAAGAAGUUGCGAGAACUACUCGACAGCAAUUUGACGGACCAUGGGAUCCUCAAGCUCAAUUCCUUGCCCUUCAAUAGCAAGCAUUCUCAAGGUUCUCACAAUGAUCAAGUGAAUGUCCACGUUGACCAGAUCUCUUCAAGCUACACCUUGACAAAGGAUCGACCUAGACUCAAUAGAGAUCUAGCGGACGAGGACAAGCGUAAGAUCUGGGACGAGGAGAAUAGCUUGAAAUGGGAAAGCGACCGCGUAUCGAGUGAGGACGUCCAUGCUCAAUAAUACGAGCUAUCAGCGACUGGUCGAGUCUAGUUGCGAAUAGUGUGCGAAUAUCUGAUACACGAGCCAGCCAGCGUCUUUGUAUAUAUAGGGCCGUUUUGACUUUAGUUCUUGCUUGUUUAGUUGAGACCCCGCGUCUUGCCUGUGAUGUAUCUCACCGUUUGCCGUAGAGAUCUAGCCUCUGAGUGGGGCCUCAC